UGGUGUACUUUUCCAGGAGUGUAGUGUCCUAAUUAGAGAACUGGAGUACUGUUUUCCUCCUCUGCAUCAUUCUGAACUGAGCCUAAAUACUUGUGUCUGAGAAAACCAACUACAACGGGCAUUCAGAUCGUUAUGUGGAAUCCAACGCGCAUAAGAUACAUCUGCCUGCUUCGGAAUGGAAAUGUGAUAUAUCUGCCACUUUCAGAGGACACAAAGGUGGCUUCAGUCUUCACAACAAGUUUGCUUCAUGUAUGUACUACUAUACCCAAGAGGUACCAUGCAUGUGAGGUGCCUAAGAUCAGACAGAUCAUGUGCUAGGCCGACCAAGAGCUUUCUGACUGAAUCUUCGCAAACAACAAACUGAUAUGGGUGCAUGAACGACUCACAUCACAAUUUCAGGUAUCGGUCUGUCAGAAGAAAUUGUUCAAUCCCUCAAGCUGGAACCCGUCGCUGUCCCCUCGACUCCUUGCACAUUGCCAAUAGCCAUGUUCUCGACACGCCUCAUGUUCGCUAUGCGGUACGGUAUGGCAGCCACAAUGAUAAGAAAGCAGACCAAUGCCUACCAGUUAUGACAAUAUAUAGGCUCCGGCAUACGCAAAUCAUUUGAUCCCAUGGCCUUGUCCAAACUAAUCAUAUGCUCCAGCACUGCAUGUGCCGAUCCCAUGGCCUUGUCCCUUGCCAACUUUUCUCAAUCAGAGCACCUGCACUUCACCGUCAAGAUGUCUCCUUCCCCUCGCCACCUUGCCUAUAAAUUCAGUAUGCUGCUGGCUCAGUAUCAUCACUUGAUCAGCUCAUCCUCCAAUUGAUCAUCGCAGCAUCCAUAGCUCACUCCUUCAAUUCUCACAAGGACCGAGAGCCAACCAUGGCCGGUGCCAAGAGACUUGCUCAACUGGCAAAGAAGUGGCAGAGGGUGGAAGCACUCGGGAGGAAGAGGCUCACUGUAUCAGCCAAAGAAGAUCAAGGCUGCUGCAGUUCUGUACCAGCCAAGGGCCACUGUGUCAUGUACACGGCCGACGGGAGGCGUUUCGAGGUGCCCUUGGUGUACCUCAGCACCACGGUCUUCAGCGAGCUCCUGAGGAUGUCUCAGGAGGAGUUUGGCUUUGCAAACGAAGGCAAGAUCACACUACCUUGUGAUGCUGCAGUGAUGGAGUAUGUCAUGUGCUUGCUGAGGAGAAGCGCCUCCGCCGAGGUCGAGAGUGCAUUGCUCAGCUCUAUGGUGACGUCUUGCCACUACACUGGCUGCGCCAUGCCUACUGUUGGAGCCAGCCAACAGAUUUGCUGUUUGUAGCUUCUGAAGAAGAUGCAUGGAGAGGCCCUGAUGAUGUCUUUUUUCUUGUGUAGUUUGCCUGCAUAGUGUAAGAUAGUUAGAUAACAGACAAUAGGAGCAGGAAAAUUGUAUGUGUAGCAAUCUGAUCAUUAAAGCAACAAAGCGGUACUCUGGACAUUCUUCUCUUAAAUUUUAGUUUCAUACAACUCUACAAUGAACCAACAAUGGUUGUGACAACUUUUAGAUGUCGACAGUUUCAUCCUGCUGCACAGAGAAUACGCAACAAGUCUCCAUACAAUCUAUCAUCUAGGCCUCUGGAAAAUAAAUACAGUACCAUCAAUAAAAUAAGUGAAACUAGACCCAUCGGAAA